AUGAACGCUUCCAAUCCUAUUGACCUGGCCGAGAUCGCCAGGUCAAACGCAGCCGCACAUGAUACUCUGAUUCGGGAGAAGAGCACGCCUCACGAAGCCAAGGUGGACAAGGAGCUCAUUGAGGAAGCUCAGGUCAGAUAUCAGCUGCCAAAUCACCCCAGCACCGACUUCGGAUCGCCAGAGCUGCUGUAUCCAAACGAGGAGGAGUUGAUGACCCUUCGUCGUGUGGCGGACAGUAUUCCUUGGGCGGUUUAUACCGUGGCAUUCGUGGAGUUGUUUAUGAAUUUUAUUCAACGACCCCUCCCAAAGGGCUCAAAGACUGGUGCAUUACCCACUGGUGGAGACUUUGAAAAUGGUGUCCCUGCUGCCCUCGGAAUGGGUCAGCGAGCCUCGACAGGUUUGACGCUAUGUGAGUUACCCUGCAAGUCCCUGAGUCUUUCUGUGACAGCUAAUGGAAAACAGUUAACCAAUUUUGGAAUUACACGAUGCCACUUGCUGGCGCUUUCGUGGCUGAUCAAUAUUGGGGGGAGAUUCAAGACUAUAAUGGCCGCUAUUGCAGCAACCUUCCUAGGACACCCCAUGCUGAUUUGCUCUGCCAUCCCAGCAGUGAUUGCAAAGCCCGGAGGCUCAAUUUCCUGUUUCACCAUCGGCCUUGUGAUUAUGGGCUUUGACACCGGUGGAUUCAAGCCUAAUAUCUCCACGCUAAUUGGUGAGCAGUACAAACAUGAACGGCCAUUCAUUCGAGUCCUGCCCAGUGGCGAGCGAGUCAUUGUGGAUCCUGCGGCGACUAUUUCGAGAAUGUACCUCUAUUUCUAUCUACUCACAAAUCUAGGGAGCUUAGUCAGGUCACGAUGUCAUUUAGUAAACGGAUAUCGUCUAGCCCCACCCACUGGUUUGGCGUAUCCCCAAGCAUUCAGACUCUGGGGAUUGGCCAUGAAUGGUCGUUGGUCCCUCAAUCCAAUGAAGAUUUUUAAGGGAGGUGAUACGACUCACUUUUGGGACCACGUGAAGCCCAGCUACCUCGGAUCUAAUAAGCCCGAAUGGAUGAAUCUCGACGACGAAUGGGUUGACGAGGUUCGACGUGGGCUGAGCGCAUGUGCUGUCUUCCUUUGGUAUCCAUUGUAUUGGCUGGCGUACAACCAAAUGAUCAACAAUCUCACUUCCCAAGCGGCAACCAUGCAACUUGCCGGUGUUCCGAAUGACAUUAUCAAUAACUUGAAUCCCCUUUCACUCAUCAUAUUCAUUCCAAUCAUGGACCAGAUCGUAUAUCCGGGUUUGCGUCGCAUGGGAAUCAGGUUUACACCAUUGAAGCGUAUCACCGCCGGAUUCAUCGUCGCUGGCUGUGCCAUGAUAUCCGCCACCGUGACUCAGCACUACAUCUACAAGAAUGGGCCAUGCGGGCACAACGCUAACCACUGCUUAGAGGUUGAGGGCAAACACACUGCAAUCUCUGUCUGGGUGCAGGCCGUCACAUACAUCCUGGCAGGUAUAUCAGAGAUCUUCGCCUCGGUGACCUCGCUGGAGUAUGCUUUUACAAAAGCACCUCGAAACAUGCGGUCCCUGGUCAAGCUGUUUCUCUUUUCAUGA